AAGAAAAAAGGAAAAAAAAACUUUCAAAAUGGCGACGGAGACCUGCUGGUCCACUGGAAAACAAUAGAAACGGCGAACAGGGGGGACAGAGUUGACUCGUUCGCUGUUGACGGAUUCGGUUUCUCUCGCGAGUCGCCGGUACCCCGGGCCCGGGGUUGGUCCGGCAGGUUCGGCUACGCGGAUAACGUGUAAAAAAGAAGUGCGCCGUAAAAGUCUGAGCAUCAUGCUUUGUUUAAACGCUGCCAAGCUAGCUAGCUAGCUAGCCUGGCUAGCCUGGCUAGCGUCAGCCACAUCCGUAGCUCGCCAGUGCGGCUCGUUCGGGGGGGGGGGGGGUUAGCCGCUAGCCGCUCGAGCUAGUUAGCGCCGAGGAGGGGGAAACAGCUGUUCGCCUGACAGAUGCUGUGGAAACGUAAGACAGCGACGCUUGGUUCACAGUAAGUCAAACCUGGAGCCUGAUUUCACUUUCUGGAUCGGUUAGUCGCCGUCUGUCCCUUUUUUAGCAUCGGCUCUAGUCGGUAGGGUCUGCUUGUCUGGGUGCUCGAUUUUACCCUCUCGAGUUUCCCCCCAGGAAGGCGAGUGUCGCUGCUCGCCGAGUCCGGCUAACGCUAGCGGCUAACGCUAAGCCGUCGUGCGGCACAGAAAGCGACCGACGUUAUAGCCGAGCUUCGCUAGCUUUCAGCGUCCCAAGCUAAUUGGCCGCAGAGAGACCAAUUCACCCCCGGGGUUAGCUAACGCUAGCAGCUAAGCUAACUAACGGCGCAGCGGCGGACUCGGUUUUGACGUUAGCUAGUCGUCGGCUAACGUUGCUAACGCUUGCGUGAAACAAACUUGGAGACAGUUGAGACGGAUCCCAGCCGUUUUGUUUCGUUCGCGGUGUCCCGGCAUUGCCGCCUAUACGGCGGACGGCGGCGGUAUCCUUUUAAUCGAGCCAGCCCGGCGCACGACAACUUUUGUCAGCCUCCAAAAGUUGGGAGCUUUUCUCUUUUUUCCCCCCCCCCGACGCUUCGCUCCCAACUUUUUUUGUUUUCGAGUGUAAAGGAAUGCGCCGGUCCACCUUCCAGCGGUUCGGGGCUGGAGUAGGACAAUGUAAUUAUUGCCCUUACAACGCGUUUAGCGUUUGACACACUAUGUAAAAACGUUACGGUUGUUUACACGUAUAUUCAACAACAAAACACGCUGGGGAGAAAGAAAAUCUGUGCUUGUUGUUUGGUUGUAGGUCGGGUCGGCGAUGCUCGGACGUAGGCGAUGCUCGGAGCCUGCUGGCGGACCUCAACGUAGCGUGUAGAGCCACGGCGAGUUGCAGAAGAUUCGGGAUGGGGUUCGAGCGCCUCGCCGUCGUUGGGGCGAUUUGAAAAUUGGGCCGGACCAGACGUCUGCUUGAAUUGCUGCAGAAAUCUGCGCUGACCCUCAGACUUCUGCUGUGCCUAAAGGCCAUUAGCAAGACAAAGGUGGCUUCUAUGAAGCCAGCGGAGGGCUCUUUGUAAAGGAUAAGGGGGGUUGUAGGGCGCCCGUACUUAAGAGGAGGCGAACUCGGCAUUUUAUGGACGAGACCUGAGGCCGGAGUUCACGAAAACCCCUUUAUUGAUGAUGGCGGAUUUCGUCGCACCGCGACACAGCGCGGUGAUGGAGAGGCUCCGCCGGAGGAUCGAGCUCUUCCGGCGGCACCACAGCGGUUGCGAGAACCGCUACGAGAGCACGGCGCUGGAGAGGCUGGAGCUGGAGCGGCAGCAGACCUUCGCGCUGCACCAGCGCUGCUUACAGACCAAAGCCAAGCGGUCGAACAAGCACAGGCAGCCCCAGCCAAGCGGCGACCAGGCGGCGCAGAGGGGGGCAGGGACCGGGGGCAGCAACGCCGACCUGGGUGAGAGUGGCGCGCCCGGGGAGCAGAGCAGAAACAGCACUUUGAUCGCGUUGCAGGAGACUGUGAAGAGGAAAUUGGAGAGUGCCAGCUCCCCACUGGGCAGAGAGCAGGUAAACGGCUUCACUGAUGGCUUCCCCCCCACCAAGAAGGCCUGUCUGGACAACGGUUCAGCCAAUCGCAGCUUAUCCCCCAAUUCUCCCUUGGAGUCCAAGCACGGGAUUGGGGACUCCCUGGUGUCCAAUGGCAACCACGCUCCUGGGGGGGAAUGCGGGGUUGCCGAGCAGGAGUUCAGGCUGAAGGAGAUGAAGCAGGAGCCUGAUGACAUCCUCCCCUGCAUGCUCCCCCCAGGGGGCGGACCCAAUAACAGCCUUUUCCCUGACCUCAACCUGAAUGAACAGGAGUGGACAGAACUGAUGGAGGAGCUGAAUCGCUCUGUUGCCUAUGAGGACAUCCAGGACAUCCUCAAUGACGGCUUUGAGGACCGUAAGGAUUCUCCUGACCUGGCCUCCAACCCAGGCGGUGGGGCUGGGGGCAGUGGGGUGGUUAGCUCCUCUGGAGCAGGUGGGGGUGGUAGUCACCAGGUGCCUCCCAGCCAAUCCUCUCAGAGCCUCCUUCCUCCUGAUCUCGCCAACAUUAAGGCCGAAUUCUCCCCGGCCUCGGCUGCCUUCGAGCAGGACUCUCGCACUGCUUCUCCCCAUGUCAGGCCCACCUCCUCAGGUCCUCCUCCUCUCCCCACUAGCUCCCCUGUGGCUGCCACCUCUGCCUCUUCCCCUGCUCAUCCGCAGCCUCAGCAGGCACCUCCCUCUAGGCAGCUCCAGCCUCCCAACCACCUCCUCCCCCCUGGCCCCCAAGUCUCCAAAGACCUUUCUCCUGCCCAACAGCUCCAGCAGCUGGCUGCCCAGCAGCAGAGAGCUCAACAGAUCCACAACCAGCUGCAGCAGAAACAACAACAACAACAGCAGCAGCAGGCAGCUAAGUUCCACCCACACCCUCCAUCUUGGCCCCAGACUGCCAACCCUUCCCAGAGCCCACUAGGGGGUGCCUUUGGUAUGGACAAACCCAGCAGCCCCUCCCUCUACCCCCAGGACUUCAACCCAAAUGCACCCAAGCAGCUACUGAUAUCUGGACAACCCAACAAAGGUUCGCCUAAGGCUGGGACCGGGGGUUACAUGCAAAGCCACACGAGCAUGCUGAGCCACCCGGGUCCAGGGGCCCCUCUCAGUCAUCCACCCUCAGCAGGAACUCAAGCGCCUUCUUCCAUACUCAACUAUAACAACACCAAACCCCUGUCCCACUUUGAGGCUGGGGGACCAGGGCCUGGACCACCAAGGGGGCCUCCGAAUGCCCAAAGCCAGAACAAGGCAGCCCUGCUCUCUCUUAUUAGACAUCAACAGAUGAAGCAGAAGGCUGGUCUGCCUUUCAGACCACACCUGCCUCACGCACAGGACCAAAAUGCUGACCAGUCCCUCCUCAUUCCAGCUACCAUGCUCCCUGCUGGAAAAACACAUGAACUACAUCAUAAUUAUUUCCUUAUCAACUUCCUGCAGGAGCAGAACGCGUACUCUGCCCCGCCACACGGCCCAGGCCAAGCCAAUGCCAUAGCUUCCCAGCCUGGAGGCAACGCCAUGGCGACCCAGCCAGGGGCCAACGCCAUGGCAGGUAAUCAUGUAAAUGCAGCUUACCUGAGCAGCCAGGCAGCUGUGGCUGCAGCACUGAAACAACAGCAGCAGCAUCAACAACAGCAGCAUCAGCAACAACAACAACAUCAGCAGCAGCUGCAGAUGCUGGAGCAGCAGAAACAGUACCUGCUUGGUCAGAGACAGCAGAUGAUGGUUGAACAGGAGAAGCAGCGGCAGCAGCAGGACCAGCAGUUGCAGAGACAUCUGACCCGUCCUCCUCCUCAGUACCAGGACCAGCCGGGUCAGCCAACAAACCAGAACCACUUUCAACAGCAGCUCAACCAGUUCCCCGCCUCUUCUCAGUCAAUGGGCAAUGUGGGCUCCAUGGGAGGCCCCGCACCUGGAGCCCAGCGCAUGUUCUCUCAGAACCAAGGCAUGAUGGGAAUGAACAUGGGUCAGGGGAGCGGGCCUUCUGGUGGUGUGGUUCCGCCCCCGGUGGCCAGCCAGGCUGAGAUGAGCCUUCCGUCCUGUGGAGGUGGAGCAGGGAUGGAUGUCCAGCAGGUCCUCUUCAACAACAUGAACAUGCACCCCUCCCAUCCCAAUCACCCUCCUCACCCCUCUCAGCAGGGCAACAUGCAGAGACAGACACUAGGCCCCAUGAGUGCCACCUACAGACACAAUCUGCUGGCGCAGCAACAGCACCUGAAGAACCAGCCCAAUGCCGCCAUGCUGAAGCAGCAACAGCUGGCCGCCGCUCGGCUGCCUGGAAACAUGGCCAAUAACAUUGGAGCUAACAUGCCCAGUUCCAUUCCCAGUGCCCUGCCUGGGGGGAUGCAGAGUACCCAGAGCCAGGCCUGGCAGCAGCAGCAGCAAAGCAUGCAGCAGGCCCUGAACAACCAGCCCCCCUCCUCUAAUGGAGGUCUUCCCCCCAAUGCCUUCUCCAACCCCUCCAACCCCUUCCACAUGCAGCAGCCCCGCAUGCCCAAGCUGCCCCCAGGCACAGCACCCUUUGCUGCCAACCCUGGCAGCCGUCCAAUGGGGGCCAUGAAUCCUGGGCAGCAGUUGAUGCAAGCCAACAUGGCUGCCGCUCAGCAGAGGGCACCAGCUAACCCCCAGGCCCUGGGCCAAACAUUAGCCAACCAGCAGCAGACACAGCAGCAGCAAGCUGCCCAGAACCAGGCGGUCCACCCUGAGCUGGCAGGGUUCGGGCAACCACAGAACAACAGUCGCCAGGGAAUGCAGUGUAACCAAGGUUACCAGGUCAGUCGACCUACGAGUCAGCAGCAGCAGCAACAACAACAGUUGUCGUUUGCCUACAGCACGGCAUCGGGGAGUGGGGGUCUCCCAAGCUUCCCUGGGGAGAGUGACCUUGUGGACUCCCUGCUAAAGGGUCAGAGUACCCAGGAGUGGAUGGACGACCUGGAUGAGCUGCUAGCCAGCCACCACUGAGCACAUUGCUGUCCCAUCUGUGUGGAAGAACAUGUGCAACUGAAGGGCUGGACAUGAGGACAUAGGGCUACAGUCUGUUUUCUGAAGAGGUCAUCCUGAAAAUGAAAUUUCUGUAAGGCUUUUAGUUUGGCUGAUAGAGCCUACAUCCAGACACUGGUCAGAAUUGUGGGUUUCUUAGGAAGCUACAGAGACGGGAAUAAUCACCACCAAACACUAGCUGCUAAAUGUUUGUCUGGAAGUCAGUCUGACUUAAAACAGGUAACCAACCAGCAUUCUGCUAUAAACAUCUAGGUGGGUUGCAACAGUCAUAGUGGCUGGUGGAUCUAGAGUUCAUUUCCUGAUCAUGUGAGAUGAUGAUGGUGAUGCAGGGAAAGAUGCAACGAGCUAACAAUCCACUGCAGGCCACGAGCUGACACAAAGGUAGGGGUGAGCUAGCUUCGUCUGAGGACUCUGUGAUGUGUCCAAGAGUAUGGAGAUGUAUGUAGUAAGAGGUGUUGCUGAUGAUUGGAGAAAAUAUCUACAGUUGAGUCCAUGUGAUAAGACAAGAAGUCAACUAAAAACACAUUUUAAACCACUUACCUGCCCUCAUAACGCCACCUAAGGCUGGCUAUCGGAAAACCACGUUGAUUGACUGUUGGUACAAUCCUGUUAAUUUGUUUGUUUGUUUUUGGUUUUUUUCCCUAAGAGGCGAGCAUUACAUGGGAUUCGGAUUGGGUAAAUUGAGAGGGACAUGUUUGUGUUUAGAGGCAAGUGACUAGUUUUGACACAGAAUCUUAAGCGACUCUAACAUAAAGAAAAUCAUUUUCAUUUUAUAUGAAAUUAAUAAUAAACGUUUAAUGGUGUUUUACAGUUCCUACCCCACAUCAGUCACUAGUUUUCUUCCUUAACUGGGCCAAUUAUCAGAGAUCCAAUCCACAAACAGACUGCUAAUACACACAUCCAGGAAGUGCUAGCAUACAGAGACACGCACAUGUCUUUCAACAGUUGGGGGGUGGGGAGGGGGGUGUUUGCCCCCUGUCUUCAAACUGGUUUUGUUUGCCGUUGUGUCCUCGUAUGCAAAUGUGAGCAGCGUGCUUGUUACUGUGGUGAAAGCUGUGCUAAUGGAGGGCUGCAGGAAAACAAUAGAGGAAUUGUUGGUGAGCGUGCAGACAGACAGCUCUCCCAAACAAGAUGGCAGUCUUCUCAACUUGGUCGUAAAUGACAAGAUUGCCAGAUAGCAUUAAAGAAAAUAAUCAACACAAUGUGAUCCAGUUAAGAAAAUCCACGGAGGUUGAAUUCGUUCAUCCGGAUACGUUUAUUGAAAGAUAUGUUUCGUCACUCAUCUAAGCGACAUCUUCAGUGUAAACUGACUGCAGGUAUCCCCACCCUUAUAAACA